UACCAGAGAAGAAGAAGAAGAGGAAACAAAACAUCCAUGGAACAAAACUGAGAUCUUUUUCCGGGUUCAUGGAUGAGCGUAUUCCUGACUGUUAAACUGUUGUUAGAGUGCUGAACAGGACGCUGUCGUCCAGGAUGCUGCUGGUUUUGUCUGAAGACCAUAAAGAACACCUCGCCUUCCUCCCGAAGGUUGACGCUGCAGUGGUUGGUGAGUUUGGUCGCAUAGCACUGGAGUUCCUAAGGAGAGGAACCAGCCCCAAGAUCUAUGAGGGAGCAGCCAGGAAGCUGUGUGUUCCUGUGGAAAUGGUGCAGCAUGGAGUGGAAGGCCUGAUGUUCCUGAUGACAGAGAGCUCCAAACACAUGAUCUCUGAAGUGGAUUUCCUGGACUCAGUGAUGGUUUUGGGGUUUGUUGAAGAGCUUAACCAGAUUCUUCUACAGCUCUACCUGCAGCACCACAAUCAGAUCCGCAAUGUCCUAAGUCUGCUGCCCUCCAACCUGCCUGCCUACCACAAUGUGGAAUGGAGACUGGAUGUACAGUUGGCGAGUCGUUCAGUCCGUCAGCAGGCCAUUCCCAUGCUGACACUGCGGCUGCUUCUGAUGAGAGGUUGUGGCAGCUGCACUGACCACAACAGCAGGGUGCUUCAGACAGACCCCAGCACACUCCUGCACCUCAUCGCCACGCUGGAGGCUGCUCUCACUGCCAUGAAAACCAGUCACACUCGCCGCAUAUUACGCAACAUCAAAUAACAUCCAUACCCCCCACACACACCACCACCAUCCACCCACCACAACCCCCAUCCCUGGUCUCUUUCUGUGUAACGUGUGGCAGGAUAUACACAUAACAUGCCUUUUAUACCUGGAAAACAUUAAGCAGUCUCUCUGCAGUGUUGAAUGUUUUAUUUUGUUUUGAAUGUUAAACUAGAUUUUUAAUCCAUCUGACUAAUGAAAUGAUCAGUACUUUAUUACUCUUGAGUCACGAUAUGUGCCAGACAGUACUGGCUGCAUUGUGUGCAACGUUUCUACAGUGCUGCUGAUAUUAAAUUAAAGUGUAAAGCAGAGAAAACAAUGUAAAGAUAGAAAGGCUCUGACUUCAAGGAGUACAAUACAUCUGUGUCAACAUGUGACUGGAACAGAACAUUACUUACAUGUUGUUAAUGAUGCUGAGUGUUUAAACUGAGCAGGGGAUGGACAGUCAUUCCUGUUUCCAGUGAAAGCAGCAUGUUAUGUAUUCAAUUCAUGCUAAUGUGCUGCAUAACAAUGCUUUUUUGUUCUGUAUGAUGUCUGAUUCUGAGCCAUGUUUUAUAAAGGCACAUCAAGCUUGGUGAAAACUUUG